AUGGCAGCUUACUUGAGCCGGUUACACCACAUUUCGCUGCACGUUUCUAACACGGAGAAAAUCGCCAACGACCUUGUCUCCAAAUUCAAGUUUAAUUUAUUUGCCACCAGACUAACCGACAGGUCCAGGCAGCUGGCUUUCAGGAAAGGAGCGGCGGUUUUCGUCGUGAAUGAGAGACCGAACCAGAAUAGUGUGAGACUGAAUGAGGAGUUACUGGGCAUCACUGGCAACCAUUCACCCGAUCCGCACCGGGUCAACGCGGGGAAAUACAACCAGGAUAAUUCUGCGAAAUGUUUGUACGAUGUCAGCCCGCAUUACUCGGUGGAUACUGUAAGCAACGUGUGUUUCGAGGUGGAGGAUGUGGAAAGGUCAUUCAAGGCUCUUCGCCAUCUGGGCUGCAACUUCCUGGUGCCUCCCACCACAGUUCAGGACGAGGGUGGUUUUGUCACCUAUUCGGUGGUUAAAUCUAUCGUGGGGAAUGUGUGCCACACACUGAUUGACAAGACAAAAUAUAAGGGGAUAUUCUUGCCUGGGUUUGAUGUUGUUGAAAAGCACAGCAGCUUGGAAGAAGGGGACAUAUCUUGUCCAAUCACACACUUUGAUCACAUAACUUAUGCCUGUCCCAGGAAAACAACGCACCAGGUCAUGAGGUGGUAUGAGCAGCUCUUUGGUUUUCAGAGGUUUUUCAUUGAUAGCAAAGAAGACGUGGACGAAGGUUUUGUGGUAAACCAGGAGGGCAUUGGACUACGUCUUACUGCCAUGGAGUACUGGAAAUGCAGCAAAGCAGGUGUUGUUCUCCCCUCUGUGGACAAGAAAGAGCCUGACUGCAAGUUUGUCAUUGCAGAAUCGCUGCCUGAACAAGGCAGGAACCAGGUCGACACCUUCUUGGAGCAGCACAGGUCCCCGGGGAUCCAGCACAUUGGGCUGUACACAAAAAACAUUGUGUCUACUGCGCAUGCAAUGGCUGGAGCUGGUGUGCAGUUUUUCUCCCCUCCUCCUGCCUACUAUACUGAGGUGGGAAAACAGCAGGAAAUAGAGGAGACAGGACACAACCCCCAGAUGCUGGCGCAGCAUGGCAUUCUCCUGGACGCGGACUGGCACCAGGAUCCCUUAUCACAGAAAGCAUCCGGGGAAAAGAGAAGAUAUCUCCUCCAGGUGUUCACCAAGCCCAUCUUUGCAGAGGACACCUUCUUCCUUGAGCUGAUAGAGCGAAGAGGGGCGACAGGUUUUGGCGAAGGAAACAUCAAAGCACUGUGGAGGUCGGUGCAGGCCUACAUGGAGAAUGAGAGGGGGGAUUCUCAAGGAGAGGGAUCCAAAAAAACUGUUCACACUUCUCAGUAUUAGUCACUCAAAACAUUUUAAACUGAGGUUAUUUUAAUUUCAUGUGUUUUUUUAUAUACCAAUGUGAGACCACACAUUAGGGAAAACGUAUGUACAAUGUAAAAAAAGAUGUAAAAUAUUUAUGGAGCAGUUUCCCAUAAGUUUUCUUUGUUUCAGUUGUGGAUUUAUUAGUAAACCUCAAGUUCCUGUGGCACUGCUAACAAAGUACAUAUUAUAUAUUAUAUUUAUAUCUUGUAUUAAUAUCUACCAUUAAACCUGACUGAACAGACUAAAGAUGUAGUACUGCAUUGUAAAAAUGUUUCAAAAACAGAUGGCACUUUACUACAUCUGUACUACACUAGAAAUGUUACAACAAAACCUGCUGUAUCAGUUAAAGAAUGCCUUUGUUUUCACUGUCAAAGCAAACCAACGGAUGAUUCCACAGCAACUGUUCCUCAAUAAAUCUGUAACUCACCACAGACCAUGAAAAAAACAAUUACU